CUGGAAUAUUCAACGGCGAGGCAGCUAGUACAGCCAGAUUCGUAGAAUUGGCAAUAGCUAAGAAAGUUGGUUUCUUUCAGCAGUUCCGAUCUUUAGACAUCACUAUACACGGAUAGGCCGUGUAGAAAAUUCACCGACUGCUUGGUUUUCGCAUUUCGUUACCCCCGCCAACAAGAUGCUGUCAAUCCUAAGAAAAGCGAAGCUCAAGGACAAAGAGCUUCGCAUCCUCAUGCUAGGUCUUGACAAUGCAGGCAAGACGACGAUUGUCAAGAAAAUCAUGAAUGAAGAUGUGAACACGGUCAGCCCAACACUCGGGUUCAUCAUCAAAACCAUAGACUAUGAGGGUUACAAGCUAAACAUUUGGGAUGUUGGCGGCCAAAAAACGCUGCGGUCGUACUGGAGGAAUUACUUUGAAAAGACAGAUGCGUUGAUCUGGGUCGUUGAUGCCACGGACAGGCUGCGCAUCCAGGACUGCAAAGAUGAACUCCACGGUCUGCUCCAGGAAGAGCGACUGUCGGGAGCAAGCUUGCUUGUGUUUGCCAACAAGACCGAUGUAAGGGGGUGCAUGUCUGAGGACGAGCUGCGGGAAGCUUUGCGACUCGAUGAAAUCAGGACGCAUAAGUGGAAUAUUCUGCGGUGUAGUGCCAUGACAGGCGAAAAUCUCAAGGAGGGCUUGGCGUGGGUGGUUGAAGAUGCAAAGGCUCGUCUUUUCCUGUACUAGGACAAAGAGCUGGUUAGUGGUUGGGAUUGGUGGUCGGCAAGGCACGGGCCGUAUCCGAGAUGAGAUGUGAGACGAUGUUUGGUUUGUCUAUUUUGCCGUGAGGAUACGAGGCGAUACAUGAACAAGUCGGUUGGGAGAUCUGUCGAGCAGCGGUCAGCCUUCAGGGGAAGCGAGCCUCCCUUUUGAUCCCCUUGAGGUUCCGCGUCUUCCAGAAGGACGGGUCAAAGGUGGAGUACACAAACAAGAAGCGGUGAUGGGUAGACAUAAAACCGGACAAGUUGGUACCUGUCGAUGAAAAGACCAUAAUGGACAUUUUGAUGUUGGAUUUCCGACGCAUGAUCUGACUUUCCCAGUUUGAAACGGAGUUAGAGUCCGCAACGA